CCUCCAGCCAUGGCUAUCUUCAACUUCCAAAUCCUGCUAAAUUCUCUCUCCAUGUUCUUCUUCUGCAUUCUAUUUCCUCAAACAAAUUCACUCACCUUCAACCUCACAAACAUAGCCGACCAAGCUCAAAAGGUCAAGAUAGCAACAUACGGAGAUGCCUAUGUCUCAUCCCAAGGCCUCCAACUCACCCCCAAUCUGCAGUCCCAAGUUGGUAAAGCAACUUACAUCGAACCCCUUCACCUUUGGGAUAAAUCCACUGGAAACUUAACUGAUUUCAGUACCCAUUUCGUUUUUGUGAUUGAUUUGGAUGGGAGUCUGAAAUUCGGCGAUGGGAUCACUUUCUUUCUCGCUCCAAAAGGGUCGAAGUUCGAAUAUGGUGGUUUCUUAGGCCUCCCGAUUGACCCAAGUACGAAGAUCAAAACCAGCCCCUUUGUUGCUGUGGAGUUUGAUACGUUCGGGAAUGUUGGCUAUUUCGGCGAUUGGGACCCGGUCGAUGGGGCUCCUCACGUAGGUAUCGAUGUCAAUUCUCUUACAUCAAAUGUUACUGCUGUUUGGUACUGUAAUAGAACUCAUGGGAUUGAGAACGAGGCAUGGAUUAGGUAUGAUUCAAGCUCGUACAAUUUAAGUGUAGUUUUUACUAAUAAUAAUCCCAGAGUGAAAGAUUCCAUUCAUUUCAUUGUUGAUCUGAGGAAUUACUUACCCGAAUGGGUAACAAUUGGGUUCUCAGCUUCAACAGGUGGAAAUUUUGAGACACAUACUAUAAAAUCAUGGGAUUUUAAUACAACUGUUACAGUAAAUACAGAAAAUAGGAAUGUUACAUAUCCAGGGAUCAUACCAGGAUCGAAAAAAAUCUCCCUGGGAGCUGUGGUGGGAUCGGUUGUCGGCUCGGGUGUUUUAGUUGGUGCGUUUGUUUUGGUUGGAUUUGGCUUUUGGAGGAGAAGUGGAGCAAAAGAAGAGGAUGAGUUUGAAGUUGAGAUGUCCAUGGAAAACGAAUUCGAGUCUGGUAGUGGGCCGAAGAAAUUUUCCUAUGGCCAAUUAUCUCGGGCUACAAAUAAUUUUGAGGAGGGACAAAAGCUUGGAGAGGGAGGGUUCGGUGGAGUUUAUAGAGGUUUCUUGAGGGAAUCAAAUUCUUAUAUUGCUGUCAAGAGGAUAUCAAAGGGGUCAAAACAAGGGAUAAAGGAGUAUGCAACGGAAGUGAAGAUCAUUAGCCGGUUGAGGCAUAGGAAUUUGGUGCAACUCAUCGGUUGGUGCCACGAAAAGAAAGAACUACUCCUCGUUUAUGAGUUCAUGGAAAAUGGCAGCUUAGAUUUCCAUCUCUUCCAAGGGAAAAGCCUAUUGACAUGGGGAACAAGGUGUAAAAUCGCCCAAGGUUUGGCCUCAGCGUUGCUCUAUCUACACGAAGAAUGGGAGCAAUGUGUAGUGCAUAGAGAUGUAAAAUCAAGCAAUGUGAUGUUGGACUCAAACUUCAUCGCCAAAUUGGGAGAUUUCGGGUUAGCUAGAUUUGUCGAUCACGAGAAACAACCUAAAACAACUCUUUUGGCGGGGACCAUGGGGUACUUGGCACCGGAAUGUUUGGUAACAAAUAAAGCUAGUAAGGAAUCAGAUGUCUACAGCUUUGGUAUCGUGGCGUUGGAAAUAGCUUGCGGGAGAAAACCCUUGGAUUCGAAAGUGCCAGAGUCUCAAAUGAGACUGGUGGAAUGGGUUUGGGACCUCUAUGGAAUGGGAAGGUUACUCGAAGCUGUGGACGCAAAACUAGGCUCGGAUUUUGCUGAGCAAGAAACAGAACGAUUGAUGAUUGUUGGUCUUUGGUGUGCUCACCCGGAUCACAAUUUCAGGCCAAAAAUCAGAGAUGCAAUUCAUGUGCUAAUUAAUUUUGAUGCCCCACUGCCCAUUCUCCCACCAAAAAUGCCCGCGCUAUCAUUUUCCUGUCUUCCAUUGCACACUACCACCACCAGUUCUGACACCAACCAAAACCAAUUUUCAAGCAACGUAGAUUCUUCUAAGUUCGUCUCAUCUUCUACUGCUUCGUCUUCAUCAAUAAAAGUCUUCAAUAAAGAGUAAGGGGGUGUUCGAAGCCAAUUUUUUUAGAUUCUGGAUUGUGGAAUUGUAGAUUUUUGUAUUAUAUUGAGAGUCUGUAAGUUGGUACAAAUGGUACGUGGAAUCCAUUUUCUUCCUAUUUGUCUUGAUUGUUUUUGAUUUCAUGAUUCUAAUAAUUGUUAGAGGUUGUGUAGAUUGGCUUUUAAUUUAGUCUCCAAGUUGCGGAUUAACUUGCCCUUAUAUCUAUUGUUGUAACGUUUGCUUUUUAUCGUGAAUAGAAAAUCUUUGUACU